AAAAGCUUUCUCGACAGCUUUUACUUUGAAGGCCAGAUCCCCUCUCUUCCUGUAUCCUCCGCGCUGAGUGCGUGCGCCUUGACGCUCCUCCCUGUUGCUGCCCGGGAGCGAGCGCACAGUGAAGCGCUCGGCUGUUCGUGUGCUGUCGCCGCUGUUCAGUCCGCUAUGCCGCGGGUCCAGCGUGUCAGCUGUGAUGAGGCCGUGUAAUGUGUCGCACCGGACGGGCUCCCCGACACGCCGCACUUUCUCCUCUUCGCCCCUGCUGAAGAAGAUGGUGUCUGGCGGCUAGUUCCAACUUCGGACUCCAGUCCUUGGUGGUUUUUUUGUUUUUUUUUGUUUUUUUUUGUUUUUUUUUCUUCCUCCCUCCUCGGCGAAGCGCACUGAAAUCAGUUGAGGGGUCCUGAGAUGACGGAAGUGGAGCCAGUGUUGGACUUUGCCUCCUCCGGACGCUCGGGGAGGCGAAAUGCCCUGCCUGACAUCCUGGGCUCUCCGGCCGGCGUAAACCCUGGAGACCUGCCUCUUAAACUAGCUGAGCUCUCCCUCAAAGAUGGUCCGGGAGGGGCCCAGUCACCCACGGCGGAGGAGCAACCAGCGCCGCCGGAGGGCUCGGAGGGGAAAGAGGGAUCGUAGGGACUCAUUUAUUUACCUCC